CGCCACUGUCGCAAUAAUUAAAAUUUCCAUAAAUUAAUUUUCGUUAUUAUACAUAAACGAAAUUAAAAUUGUUUGAAGCAAUGAGGAAGUGUAUUUUUAAAACUCUAUUACAACUUGUUUAGUUAAAGUUUAAUAUUCUUAAGAUAAGCUUUAUCAACACUGUAGUUAGGAAGGUUAUUGUGGUUCGGCGUGUUCGUCUUUAGUUCUUUUUGAAUACAAUAAAAUGGCUUUAAAUUUAACAGUGAAAGUACACCCUGUUGUUUUGUUUCAAAUAGUGGAUGCUUAUGAGCGAAGAAACGCGGAUGCACACCGUGUAAUAGGAACACUUUUAGGGUCUGUCGAGAAAGGAGUUGUAGAAGUAACAAACUGUUUCUGUGUUCCACAUAAAGAAUAUGAAGAAAUGGUUGAAGCAGAACUCAACUAUGCAAUGGACCUUUAUGAAAUGAAUUUAAAAGUAAACAAACAGGAAAGUAUCGUUGGAUGGUGGGCAACAGGAAAUGAAGUGACAAGCCAUUCAUCUGUCAUUCAUGAAUAUUAUGCUAGAGAAUGCAGUAAUCCUGUUCAUAUGACUCUUGAUACCACAUUACAAGGAAGUCAUAUGGGUAUCAGGGCAUAUCUCAAUGUACCAUUGGGUGUUCCGAGUGGCAAGUCAGGAAGUAUGUUCACACCAAUACCUGUUGAGGUUACUUGUUAUGAUCCAGAAACCGUUGCCUUGAGGCAUUGUGAGAAAACGUUAAAGCAAAAGAAGGGACUAGAGGCAUGUACCGAUCUUGGGCUGAUAGCUGAAGCUAGCGAAAGGAUAACCACCUUGCUUGAUUUAGUCUUAGCUUAUGUAGAAGAUGUACUGGCAGGACGUGCUGCCCCUGACAAUGCUGUUGGCCGGGCUCUUUUCGAUAUGGUUCAUGCUGUACCCGCCAUUACCCCAGAUCAAUUUGAUGAGAUGUUUAAUUCCAACAUUAAGGUAAGAAUUUUUUAUACUAUGUUAGCUAACCAUAACCAUAAAAAAAAAUUGUAUAUCAAUGAAAAAUUUAAUAUUUAUUUCACCAUGAAAAGUCUCCAUAAAAAAAAAAAAAAUGGUAGAAUCAAUGUAAAAUUUAAUAUUUAUUUCACCAUGAAAAGUCUUUCUGUAUUAUGAAUAGAGUUAUACAAAAACAGAUGUAUAAAUGUAUCCAGGUAAUCCAGAUAUUAUUUAUUCAACAUCUAUUUAAAUCUUUUGGAUUGUUUUAAUUUGGAAUUCGAAUUUUUGUUUAAUAAUCGAAAUAUGAAUACCAAAUCCAAAUAUAUCAGAAUAGUUUGAAAUUGACAUUUCAUAUCGAAUUGAAAUUUGUGAAUUCUAAAUUUAAAAAAAUAAGGUUUUAUUUCAGAAUUUACAUAAACUGUACUAUAAAUGCCUUGCUCACGGAACGGAACUAUGGAUUAUUAUUGUUUUUUUUAUUAUUUUAAUUUAGGAGUGUUAACAUCUUUUUUUUUUAUCUAUACAUUUUUCUUGUUAUAUUAAUCUAAAAAAAUAUUUGAUUUUAUGCAAGACUCUAUAACAUAACAAAUAAUGAAGUUUUGUGUAAAGAUUAUGUACUCUUUAUUGAUCUAUCCUGUUUAUUCAUAUUUUAUGUUUGUAAUAAUGGGAUUUCAUAAAAAAUGACCUAUUUUAUCUUCUUGGAAAAUGUAAUUAUUCAGUGAUUAGCUUUGUAUUACAUAUCCAAUUAAGGUUGAUGUCACUUUAAUGCCUUGACUAAACUAAGUGGUCUUGUCUUGCCUAUAGUUUUAACUUAAAAUAUUCAGUUGUGCAACACGUCACUAACAUAUAAAAUAUUGGUAUUUUCGUAUAUUUAUGCCAUUUUUGAAAACUUACAUUUUCUGUCAAUGAAAUAAUCAUUUGGUGCAGUGAUUUGGAGAAGAGGAUGCUCUUUCUGAAUAGAUUGUUCCAGAAAUUGAAAACUGGUGACACAUCGGCCUCGAGAGAAAAAAAAAGUUCCUAAACAAAACUUUUGAAAAACCCAAAUGACCUUAAUUUGAUUAUUGCUAUUCAUUAUUAAUAUUUGUGAUAAUUUAUUGGAAAAAUCUUGAGGCCUACAAGCAAUGAUUUAACUUGAACAAAUAAAAAAGACAAUGCUUCCUGUAUUCUAGAAUUAUGAAGAAAUAAUUUAUUAGCGUAAAAGGUCAAACCAUUUAAAUUUUAAUUCAGAACUUUGUAGUUAUAAGUUAUGAAAAAUCCUUGAUGUGAACAGGCAUUACCCAGGAUUAAUAAAAUUGAUAUACAUACUAAGCGAAUCUCAGGCAACAAACAAUUGCUUUCUUUAGUGUUUCUGGAUGCAAAUCAGAGCCAAACCAGUUGAUUUUGGGUCUCCUCUCCUUGUGCAGACUCAUUCCAUUGACUAACCUCAAGGCCUUGGUUUGAAGAUGCAUACUCACUAGGCCAAGCUAACAACAUACAAUGUAUUGUUUCGGUCUAAAUGAGAUGCAGAGUGGCAAUGGACUGUUAGCGUUUUCCUAUCUAUGUUUGCUUGAACAGGAUGAAAGGAUGGAUGCCAACAUGUUGGCGACCAAUAUUCAUUGGCCCAAAGUGUUGAUAGGGCCAAAAAAAAAAAAUUGUUUCAACAAGAUAAAGCCUUGCUAUAAACAUUGUGAAGCAUAAGAGAAGAAAUUAUAGAACUGGGCAGGAUUGAGUUUCUCCUUUACCCUACAUCCAAUCUAUAUUUAUCAUUUCCGAUUACCUUUCUUGUUUUGUCUGGCCAGUUCUGGCAUAUGGUGAGAGGAGAGGUAUUCUGGAAGCCUAAUCUGUAAGGACCCAACUGUGAGCCCAAACCAUUUAAUUUCAUUGAAUAAAUGAAACAUAGUUCAAAAGGGAGGCAGUAUUAUUUAUUGUUAUUAUUAUUAUUAUUAUCAUUGUAUCUACAUUUAAUGAAUGAAUUACAGUUAAUAAUUUUUUUGUGUUGAUAAUAUACUAUUGUUGUGCGAGGAAUUCAGCACUUUAAAAAAACAGUUAUUAAAUUACUACAUUUUUCUAGCUAGUCUAAUUUCCUCCUCAUAAAUUACAAAAGAGAAAAACUAAUUAUCACAGUCUAAAAAAUGUUAAACAAAUUUAAGAUAAUAGUUUAGAUUUAACAUAUCAACUUUUUAUAAUAUGCAGGAUUACAAAUCUCAGACUCACAAAAUCUAAAUUCAUAUUUAGUUAUUAAACUAUUUAAAUGUCCUUCCUUCUUCAUCUUAAAAUCCUUUCAUUCAUUUCCUAGAUAAUUAAUUACUGCUUAAAUUUCUGCCUUAAUUUGUAAUCAAUAAUUACUUUACUAUUAUAAUUUGUGAAACUUCAUCAACUACGCUUAUCAUUAAUUGUGUGUAAUAAACCAGAAAUACCGAUGGUUAACUUCACAGAUGUAACAAUUUAUAAAAGAGUUGUAAAAUAUCAAAUAAAGGACUAUACAAAAAAUUUAAGUAAAUAUCCAAAUAAAUCAAUUACUAAGAAUGAAAAAGGAUUAAUAAAUAAGGUCCUUAAAUACUCUUUUACUUAAAACCAUAAAAUUUUCACUUACAAUCUCAGUGAAGUUAGCCAACGAUACUUGUUAUUUUUUGUAAUAUAUUUUUCAUAUAAAUCUGCUGACUCCAAUUCUAUUAAAUUUAUGUAUACAUCUUUAUUUCGCUUCAAGGUGAUUAAACACCAAAUUUUUUCAACUUGGAAGGUUUUCUUUGUAAGUAAAUAAUAUUUUUUGUUUUGUUACAGGAUCUUCUAAUGGUUGUUACACUCUGUCAGUUAACAAAGACACAACUUCAGCUUAAUGAAAAGCUUACCCUGUUGACAACACCUUCUACAUAAUUAUUGUGAUUAUUUUUUAAUAAAUAUAAAAGUUAUACUAAAAUAUUUGUUGCUAUUACCUAGACUUCAACAGAACACUUUUUUUGUAAUAAAAUUUUCUAUAUAUUUAUUUUUAAUUUUUUUUGUAUUGGGCAUCAUGGUUUCUGAGGAAUCAAGCUGAAACGUCUCACUUUGAAGGCUGAUAUUGUCCAGUCUGGGGCCAUUCCAUCAGUGUAGUUUCUAUGGAAUCUGUCCACAUUUUUAUAAAAAUUAAUACAUGUUUGAUAUAUUAGUAUGCAUAUAAAUAUAUUAGUGCAACUACUUCCCCUAACUAUUAGGGUUAAAAGUAAAUUUAAAGAGUUAGAAAAGAGGUAUUAAAUUAAGUUAGAAGAGAAAAAUGAAUUAAAUUGCAUUGGAACAAAACUUUAUCAUUUUCAUGUAAAAACAUCAACAUAGUUAUCAGUAUGCAUCAUAUUUUAAAAGUUUAAACUACAUAGUAUUUUCAAACUUGACUAUUGUGUAAGAUACAAUUAAUGGGCAUUUUUACUCAUCUACUUCUAUUUGAAGAAAAUAUCACAUGAAAUUCAUUGAUUGAUGUAUGAGGUAAUUAAGACUAUGAUUUGCCCCUUCAAUUAUAACUUUUGUGUAAUAAGAAUAAAACCAUUAAUGGGAUGAAACCAGAAAUAAAUAAUAAGCAUUAUUUUGCCAAUGGCUUUUAUUAUCAAUCUAAAUACAAUACAAGUCACACACACAAAAAAAAAAAAAAAAUACACCAUCACGUUUGUAUCUUUUAUGACAUAUAGUUCGUGCAGUGAAAGUACAUCUACAUAUUAACAUCAUAUUCAGGAAUAAACAAAAAAAAAAAAAAAAACUUUAGACCUCUAAAUGCAUUUCCAUUUGAAUUAUUUUGUGAAACGGUUUCUUAGAAAUAUAAUGUUGAUCUAAUCUCACAUUUACUAAACAUGACUGUUAGCUUUGGUUAGCCCAAACAAACAAGCUUACACCACUAAUUUUUAGAGAAAAACAGUCAAAUGACUAGUGACAAAUUUUAAGGCUCAUAUUUAAUUUAAAAGAGGUGUAUCCAUGAAUCCUAAAAUCGUAGAGGCUGUUUUCUCUACUCUCUUUUAAAUAACUGAUGUGAAACUUAAAGAAAAAAUGGUUGUUUUCCAAACUUUCAUAUUUGGAAAAAAAAAUAGUCAUACAAACUGACAACGAAGUUAGAUAGCAAUUAGUCAAAACAUAGAUUAACUAUAUUAUUUAGAAUAGUAGACUCAAUAAAAUAAUAAGAUACAAAGUAUUUUUGAAAGAAAUGAUCCAAAGCCAUGAAUCAUUUAAGAUACAAUGUUUUUUAUCCCUUAUUUGCUCCUGACUCAAGUUACACUAAUAGAAUUACAACUGUUAGUAAGAAUGUUUUAAAUGAAGAAAAUGACAAAUACUUUUCAUAGCAGUAGAAAACAAAAUGAAUAGAGAAGAAAAAACAAAUUUCCCUACUGUCAUUAUUUAUUCUUCUGUUUUGACCGGAGACAUGAAAAGAUUUUUCACUUAUGUUCAGCAGCUCUAAAGGCAAAAAUGCAAGUGUAUAUUGCAUCAACUAGUGAUAAAUGGAUUCAUUAAGAUAACCCAAAGCAUAAGAAAUCAAGGUAGGAGUGUGGUCAUGCAUUGACAGAGAAGCCAAAUAUUUAUCAUCAAUCAAUGGAAUAUGAGAAGAGAUAGUAAUUUUACAGCAGGGCAAUACUCAAAUACACGUAGAGUCGGUCAGAAAAUACAUUAAAGGGAUAUCCUAUAUACUGGUCAACUACUACCUAUAUUAUCUAGUCAUUGUUCUUUCUAGCUACUUCUUUUUUCUACCAAUAAAUAACAGAAUGUCGAGUUCCAUUGAUUAUUCUUAUCAGGAAUCCAAAAAAAAGGAUGCAUUUUUAGAUUGAUAACAAACACCAUUUCUUCUUUCAAUGUAGAAGUUGUAUGGUUGCACAAACAUGGAGAAACGUAGAGGUUAGCUAUUGACAAUAAUUAAAACAAUCAAUCUGUAGCCAUUUUUAUAAAGUAAUGCCCCAAUUUUCACAAAAAUAUUUUAAAACUUUGUUUUACUCCCAGUAAUAUAAGCUCUUUAAUAUGUACAUAAGUUUUUUCAUGAAACAGCCAUUUAAGACCACGCGAAUAUCAUUACUUUUCCUUUCUAAUUUUCGCUUUUCUUAUUUCCCAGUACUUUCUAAUAAUUUCUACGUGCCUUUGCAUCAUCUCUUUCGACUAUGCAGUACCCUCCUGUUUUCUUUAUUUUUCACAAGAACCUUGAUUUCUUUUAAUUUUUUCCAUAUUGCUCCCAAUCCAAGCAGUCUGUUAUUUUCAAUUUUUUUGUUUCCUCUGUUUGUUUGUUUUACAUAUCCUCUUAUGCUUCAUGAAUUCUGUCAAAGACUUUUUAUUUUGUCUCCCUUAGUCCAUUCUUAUCAUGUGCCUGUAGUAUCUUAGUCUUCUGAUUCUUACUUCGGCUUCUAGGUUUUUUGUCUCCCUGUAGAUUUCCUGGUUGGGCUUAGUCUGUAGUCUUUCUGCGUUUUCUUGGGCCCAUAGAUUCUCCUCAGAAUCCUCUUUAUUUUCAGUAAUUUUUCUAGCUUAGGGAGACUUGUUGUCUCCAUCCGGUAUAGAAUUACUGGUUUUAUCAUAAUGUCUUAUUAUUGAAUUAGACGAUAAGUUUUUCUUAUUGUUAAUAUUGCCUGUCACAAACCUUAGUUUUUCCAAUUUUGUGGUUUUCUCUUUUAUUUAUGCUCUCUUUUUCCAAACAGUUCUUGCAUAUUGUCUUUCUCUCUCAGAUAUUUAAAUUUCUUUGUUACUUUUACUUGUCCAUAUUUGUCUCUAUUAUUUUCUUGUCAGUUUUUCUCUGUUGUCACAAAUUCCAUCUUUUCAUAGGAAAUUUGAAGGUCUACUUUUAAUAAAUCAAUGUUUAUCUUAUACCUCUGUAUAUGAUAGAUAAAUAGAUAAUGAAACUAGCAUUGUCUAAUAUGUUAAUAAAAUUUACCAAUCACUACGAUUUUAUGAUAAACGAGCAUAUUAGACAAGGAUUUCAGACUGAUUGAUAUGGAGUAUUGUAGUUUGUUUACCAUCUAAGUUAGUUAAUAUUUAGGUAUUUUACAAUAGCUAAUAAGAACAGUGAGAUAACCUCUUGGCAACUAUCAACUGAAGGUGGAAAAAAAUACCACCAAGCCCAAUCCUUUUGGGAUAAAUGAAAUCAGCCAUCAUUUAUCCCAGAAUCAUUUUAUGAGGAGGGUCCACUAUAUUUGAUUAUUUUAUUUCAGAUAAUAUCUUGGGAAUACUCAGCAUUGGUAAUUCCACAAUUUGGACAUAUUUUACAGUUUGAUAGAUUUCUUUAGGAAAACUGCAAUUCAGUUUGUAAAAAUCUUAUGAGAUGAGCAUAUAACACAUGACAUUGAAAUUAGUAUAGAAAUAAGAAAUAAUCAAUUUACCUGGAAACAAUGUCAACAAAGACAAGAGGUGUGUUAAAAGCGUGUUCUUCGAGCCAUUUCAUCCCGAUAAAUAAGACAUCUAUAUCACAGAGUCUCUUAUCUACAAAUAUGACAGAGUAAUUAAAAAUAUUUAAUGUUUAAAACAAUUUAUGCAUUCAUUUAUGUUUCAACACAAGCGGAUCCAGGAUUUGAUUUUGGGGAGAGGGGCUUCACCCUAAAAGCUAAAAGUAAAUUUUAGUAUGGAGCAUUCAGCACACUAAAAGAAAUUAUAAUGAACAAUUUAGUGACAUUUGUCUGGCAUACAAAGUUAAUCAUCUUCUUGUUAAUUAAAUUACAUUGCUAUUGAGUCUUGAAAUUAAAAUUAAGAUAGGCACAACUUAACAUUUGAAUUAUAGGUAGAUGUAUGAGAGUGUGUUUACAUAUAAACAAUAGGUGAUAUAUAAGUACAUGUAAGACAGCAGUAAAAUGAGGUGAUAGCUCUAAAAAACAUAAAAAUAUUAUUCUUACAUAUAUUUGGAAGAUUGAUUGUUGCGGAGACAGAAAAAUAAAUGAGGUUAAGGAUGAGGAUUUGAAUACAGAAGUAGGGAAUUCCAAAACAACAAGGUUGCACUCACAAAUGGUGUCUUCAAGGAUAUAAUAUAAGCCCUUUAGUUGAACUAUUUAUUAAAUUUUUAAGUCAUCAAAAUAAAAAAAGAAACUCAAUAGAUUCCAAAAUCUUUUCAUUAUAUUAUAUCUUAUUUCAGAUCCAUAAAAAUACAAAUUAUCAUGUCCCUUGCGUUUUAUUCGCAUAUUGGAUAAUGCUUGUCAAUUACCGAACUCGGCACUAUCUUCUCGAUUACUCCGCACAAACCAAAUAAUUUUAUCUGAUUUGAAUACAUUAAGAUGUCAGAACAACUUCCAAUCAAUAAUGUUUGAUACGUAAAGGUUUAUUACAUAUAUUUUGUAAGUUAUCUGUUUAUAAAUAGAAUUUACAAUCUGCCAUGGUUCAACCAUUGCAUUUCCUUAAACUUAUAAUUUAAAUAUUAACUUAUUCUUUCAUUAGAUUAUCAUAAAUUAACAAAACCUUCUAAACAUUGCUUUAAAC